CCUUCAACACCCGGUCGUUUCACACCUGUUAGGGCCUACUUCGGCUUAAACAUCUUUCAGGAUGGCGACCUCCGAGCUGGCUUGCACCUACGCCGCCCUCAUUCUCUUUGACGAUGGUCUGGAGAUUACGGCCGAGAAUAUUGUGACAAUUACCAAGGCCGCCGGCAUUGAGGUGGAGGCCUACUGGCCGAGCCUGUUUGCCAAGCUGUUUGCUAAGAAGAGCAUGGAGGACCUCAUCACCAACGUCGGCGCUGGCGGUGGCGCUCCUGCUCCAGCGGCCGCCGCCCCGGCAGCUGGCGGUGCUCCGGCUGCCGCUGCAGCUCCCAAGAAGGAGGAGAAGAAGGAGCCGUCCGAGGAGGAGGAUAUGGGCUUCUCCCUGUUCGAUUAAGCGACAGCUUUUUCGGUUGUCUUGUAAGGCUUUUCGAGGGCAAUGUCUCCUUUUUGCGUUCCACCAGCACACGCUGUACUAAUUCUUCGAACAGCCAAGUUAUGUAAAUGGCAGUUUAGCGGAACAGAGCAGAGGCCCUGAACAAUAUAGGAAGCAGCAAGCGGGAGGCUUUAUAGUGUCUUUACAGUGUAAUUCUUGCAUCAGUUGCA